GUAGCGAUGCCCUUUGCUCCUAGUAGCUUCUUGUUACUACUUAGUUCUCAUGGCGUGAUUUGGCCGAUGACAAUGUCAAGGUAUGGAGAAAGUCUCCUGGGGUUCUUUGCUGUCGGACUCGUACGACAUCCUUUGGAAGAGUAUCAUUCGACCACCGAGGUCACAGUACGAGCUCUCAGACCUUGGCCCGCAGAAGUUCCGCCUCGCAUCACAAGUCUACAGCAGAGAGGACUUUUACCUGAAGAAUGAUCGGGAAAUGCGGUUGUCCUGCAGCCUUUUCCGUUCCUUUCCAAAACGACAUCAAAAUCGGUGCGUGAUUUUCCUUCAUGGCAAUUGCUCUUCCCGAGUUGAAGCCAUCGAUGUCCUACCUGUGAUACUGCCCAAAAACCUCAUGCUUUGCUGCCUGGAUCUCUCUGGGUCGGGCCACAGUGAGGGCGAAUUCAUCUCCUUGGGCCACUUUGAAGAGAAGGAUCUCCAGGUUCUCAUUCAGCACCUGAGGUCCUUGGGUGUAAGCCACGUGGGCUUGUGGGGCAGGUCAAUGGGAGCUGCAACUUCCAUCCUUCGAGCAGCUGAGGAUUGGAGCAUUAGUGCUGUCGUUUUGGACUCGCCCUUCAGCAGUCUCGCUUUGGUGGCACAAGAACUGGUCAACAGCCAGAUCCCCAUCCCAGAGUUUUUGAUGAACUUGGCUCUGAGACGAGUUCGUCAAGAGAUCCUUGAACGAGCAAGCUUUGACAUUGAGGAGCUGCAGCCCAUUCGCUGUGCACCACGAGCAAGGUCUCCAGCAUUGUUUGCUACGGCUACCGAUGAUGAUUUCAUUCUGCCCCACCACACGUAUGACUUGCAUCACGCUUGGGGCUCUGAGAUUCGGAAACUGGUGACCUUUGAAGGCGGGCACAAUGGAGUACGCCCAAAGUGGUUUUUGGAGGAAGCUGCGGAGUUCAUGGCUUCGAAGCUGGGCCAGUCCUUUGCGGCAGCUCCAGCGCAGCCGCAGAUGCCGCAGAUGCCGCAGAUGCCGCAGAUGCCGCAGAUGCCACGGCCAGAGGUGAAGGAACUACAGGACCCAAUGCUAUUGCCACCGCCGCCCCCAGAGGAGGCGAGCAAGGUCAAGCGGAGGACACAAAGCGAUGUGGCCCUGCAACUGAUCACGAUGGGCUUUAGUCAGGAUAUUGCUGAAGAAGCUGCGAGGCACUUUCAGUCUCCAGAGGAUGCAGUGGAGUGGACAUUGAAGCAGACGACGCAGAUCGCCAAGGACUCUGCUGAGGCUUUGGAUUCGUCUUUGGCCCAGAAGCUUCGGGCUCCCAAACCUGUCCAAAGCUUCAAAGCAGUUGCAGUACUGCCUGAAGUGGAGGCAGCGGCCGCAGCAGCUGGGCGGGCUUUGCGGGAUUUGGCCAUUCGCGAUGUCGAGCAAGGUUUGCUGCAUCAGCUUUUGGAGUUGGGCUUUGCUCCUGGCCCAGCUAGAGAAGCUGCACGCCGCAGCUCCUCUGUAGAAAGUGCUGUGGCGUGGUUAGCGGAGACAACGUGAUUUUAAAAACAUCUUCUGCAAAGCAGAAUGAAAGAUGGACAGGCUGGUGCGAAGCCAGCAAUGGUUGCGGCGUCUUUUUGACGUCCUUUCUGCGGCACGAUGUGCCUGUGGCUUCUGGAAAACACGGUUUCCCGUUUUCUGUACAUAGUGAAAGCGAAGCACAAAAUACGAAGAGCGCAAGCAACGCGAGGAAUGGGAAGUAAAGCAAAGCAAAAUGGAAGUAAAGUCUGUAAAGCUUGGUUGUGACUCAUUCUAACUUUGAGUUCAAGCUGGGGCCACCUUGCGGGCUGAUUGUGAGGGAGAUGCCGGAGGCAGAGGAGAAGCCCAAGCGGGAGCCACGAGAGGAGAUCACGCGCCAUGGCAUGAUUAUAUGCGACAAGCGGCCGCCAGGGACACACAAGGAGGCGCAGAAGAAGAUGGACUUUUUUGAGCAAGUCGUGGGCUCCGACAAGAAGAAAUGAGAGCAGGAAUCUUCCAGAUCAACAGUGACCGGCCAUACAAGGAAAG